AACAGCCCCUUCUUUUAAUUAUAUAUCGGUCAUGUUGGCUUUAGCAAGGUCGUUUAAAAAACUUACUAUUCUUCCAACUUCAAAAAAUACAACUGUGGCUGCAUUCAAUGGUAUUCGUCAAUAUGCUACUGUAGAAGGAAACAACAAUAAAACCAAUCGAUUACGACAUGACGCUCUCACCAAGGAAAACUUACCUCAACUAAAUAAGGUGGAUUCUAUUUUGGAUUUCCAAACCGAAUCAGCAACUACAUUGGAUCAACCAAAGACCUUUCCUUCUUACCGUCCUACCGAUGUUGUUCUCAAUACUGUCACUGAUAUCAUUGAUUCUCCUCUCAGUGCUAUUGAACAAGCCAAAUUGAUCAAGAAGGCUUUGGUGGUCAAACGUGUAGUUAACAUGAACGGCAAAGGCAAACAACCUUCUAUGUAUGCUUUGGUUGUGGUUGGAAAUGGUAAUGGGUUGGCAGGUUACGGUGAAGGUAAAGACGAAGAAGCAACUCGAGCUAUACGCAAAGCUACCAACCGGGCAAUCAAGAACUUACGAUAUAUUGAUCGUUAUGAUGAUCGUACUGUCGCCAUGGAUAUCACACACAAAUUCCAUGCCACCAAACUAUAUCUUCGUAGUAGACCUCCUGGUUUUGGCUGUCGAGCAAAUCAUUAUGUCCAUGAAAUUUGUCGCUGUAUUGGUAUUCAAGAUUUGAGUGGAAAAGUACGAGGAUCAAGAACACCUAUGAAUGUAAUCAAGGCCACUUUUGAAGCUCUGUCUAAUCAACGACUUCCAGAAGAUAUUGCCAAAAUGCGUGGUAAAAAGUUAGCUGAUGUUCAACAUACUUAUUAUAGUGGUGACCAAUAGAUUUAGAAUUAUAUUCCAUCCA